AUGGCAGACUCACGACGUCGCGCCGAGAUCGAAGCGAAGCGCGAAAGGCUCGCUGAGCUGCGUCGAGCCCGCGAACAACGGCAACGAGCAGAGCAGGAACGUCGUCAGUCAGAGCAUGCGUCCAGCUCGUCAGCCCCUCGUCGAGAUGUCGAUGACCUCGUGAAUGCAUUAAUCGGCCAACCUCGUCACGCCUCGGACGGAGAUAUGACGCCAGGGUCGAUACCUGGUACACCCCAACUUCGCGACCUCAAUGUUGGUGGUGACGCCCUGGGACUUAUGGGAACGCCCACAAGACUCGGAAGCGGAAGGAGAAGCAGACAGAGCGACUUUGGAAGUGCCAUCAGUACGAACGGGAGGAUGAGCCCCGGCACCACCCUAGCGGGCACCACAAGCGGGACCGACAACUUAAUGGAAAGGGCAAUGAUGCCGAGAUUCGUCCCGGAUCUCAUUGACAUCGAGCAAGAGCUAUUUGAGCUUCCUCAGAAGGAGAAAGUUAUGUACAAUAAAGAGAUUCAAACAGCAUCUGUGGAAACAGACGUUACACCCGACGAAGACUCCUCCCAGCGGGUACUACGUGAGCAGGAGCAAGAUCUCGAGGCAGAGCGUGCAGCCCAACGAGACAGAGAGCUCGAAGAGGAGUCGGUACAACUGGACAGGGAGAUCGAACAAGAACUGCGUGAGCUGACUGAGGAGGAGAAGGCCUCCAUCCUCAGCGCCCCUGAAUUCCUUGACUUCGUUGAGCAGUCGUCCAAGAUCGUGCAACGGGCGCUAAACGACAAUUACGAUUAUAUUCGUGACUACACCACUGGCACUGAGACCGGAGGAGACGAUACUGAGGGCAAGCGCGUUAAACGUAUCUGUGCAUUCCACGACGAGCGAGUAUUGAAGAACCGUUCAAUCACGGACGUGGAUUGGUCGCCACGAUAUCCCGAAUUGAGCGUAGCAUCGUACAAUAAGAACCCUGCUGCGUUGAACGAACCCGAUGGCAUAGCUGCUGUAUGGAACCUGCAUUUACUCGAGCGACCCGAAUUUGUCUUCCACUCUCAGUCCGAUGUCCUCUCUGUCACCUUCUCCCCUUUCCAUUCAAACCUGGUCUUUGGUGGAACAUACUCGGGGCAGAUAUUGCUUUGGGACACACGAUCUAAGCAUCUCCCUGUCCUCAAAACGCCAUUAUCAGCUGCGGGGCAUACGCAUCCAGUGUAUGCGAUGCAGAUGGUGGGCACGCAGAACGCGCACAACCUGAUCACCAGCAGCACCGAUGGCACUGUAUGCAGCUGGCUGGUGGACAUGCUGGCACAACCCCAGGAAACUCUUGAACUGGUACAUAGCGGGCACAAUAAGACGAACGAAGUUUCCAUCACGUCCCUCGUCUUUCCAGACACCGAGACGACUACCUUCUUCGUUGGCACUGAGGAAGGCAACAUCUACCAGGCCAACCGCUACGACCGCGCUGGCUCAAAGGCUGGCCUCAACGCGCACGACAUCUACCGCGCGCACUCCGGACCGAUCACCGGUCUUUCCUUCCACCCCAGCGCCGGGCCGGUCGACUUCGGCGACCUGAUGCUAAGCUGCAGCGUGGACUGGACGUGCAAGCUGUGGCGAACGCGGGGUACGGGCGCGAACUUGGGCAGCGGCGGCGCGAAGGGGGCGAACCAAGCGCCGACCAACGUUGCGCCGGUGUACUCAUUCGAGGAGGCAGACGACUACGUCUACGACGUAAAGUGGCAUCCUACGCAUCCUGCGCUCUUCGGUUCCGUGGACGGGUCAGGCAGGUUCGACUUGUGGAACCUCAAUGCUGACACCGAGGUUCCCAUCGUAUCCACUCCGGUGGGCAACGAGCGCGCGCUCAACAAGCUCGAAUGGGACCGCAAGGACGGCAGGCGCGCGGCGCUGGGCGGAAGCGACGGCAAACUGUACAUCUACGACAUCGGCGACCUCGCGAUCCCGCGCGAGAGCGAGUGGACGGAUUUGCAGAAGUGCAUUGCGAACAUGAGCGGAAGCGCGCAGGGAACCGCGAACGGGCUUGGAGACUCGGUCUUGGGGCGUUGA